GAAACGCUCGAAAGGCGAGCCCGAGUGAGCGCUGACAUUUACUGUUUUGCCAAACGUCCAUGGAUAAAUAACAGUACAACACGCUCAAAUGUGUCCGUCGUAGCAUUUUAAAGUAACGUGAGAGUUUACUGAAGGCAUGACGAACAGAAAGAAGCAGAAGGGUUCGGACACGGCGGUGCAAGGGACUAACGACAGCAGCGUGGUGAGUAAAGCGUCUGCUGCAGCUCAGGGCUACUUCCACGAUUGCUUCCUGCAGCACUUCGUGUGCAAAGUGGCGAGGAGAGCGCCACUCAUCAACAGGGGGUACUAUGUGCGCUGGAGAGCAGUGGAGCACUGUUUGCGGACCUUCCUCCAAAUCACACAACAUUGUGCCAAGAGACAGAUUUUGUCUCUGGGCGCCGGGUUCGACUCGCUGUAUUUCCGUCUGCGCGCAGACGCGGCGCUCAACCGGGCCAUCGUGUUUGAAGUGGAUUUCCCAGACGUGACUCGGCGUAAGGCGGCUCUGAUCCGGUCCAAUGUGUCGCUGUCGGGAAUGUUGGACUCCCAGCAUGUACUUCCUCCUACAGGGCCUGUGUAUGUGUCUAGCAGUCAGUACGUCCUGCUUGGGGUGGAUGUACGACAUGAUUCCAAUGUAGAGGAAGCUCUGGGAAUUGCGGGACUGGACACGACGGCCCCGACUCUGAUUCUUUCCGAAGUGGUGCUCACCUACAUGAAAACACAACGGUCAGAUGACAUCAUUUCCUGGGCAGCAAGGUUUUUGCCCCAGUCCCUCUUUGUGAUGUACGAGCAGAUCCAUCCCCAAGAUCCAUUUGGCCACAUCAUGCAGGAGCACUUCCUAAAGCUCAAUUCCGCUCUGCACGGGCUCCGACAAUAUCCCGACACUGACGCACAAAGGCAGAGGUUCCUUGACAAGGGAUGGGAAAAGUGUGUGUGCUUGGAUAUGAACGAGUUCUUCCUCAGGUUAAUUCCUGAUGAUGAGAGACACCGAGUGGAACGUUUGGAGCCUUUUGAUGAGUAUGAGGAGUGGCACCAGAAAUGCUCGCACUAUUUCAUCCUCACAGCAUCUCGAGGUUCUCUCGCAGCGCAAUCUCUGCUCGUCCAUCCUGCAGUACCACUCCAAAAUCCACCUCAGAACCCUGCCGGCCUCAUAGUGAAAAUGGAGCCAGUUUGCGUGGAGGCUCUCGGGAUGGCCUCCACAUUGCUGGACGGAGGGCACAUCCUGCUCACCGGAGGCUCCUGCAGGACCGGCCGAGGGGCUCCGAGUCGAGUCCUGCUCAAAGGCCUUGAGGGCUGGAGAUCCGUCCACGUACAACCCUCAGUCAGUUUCAGUGUUCGUCUUUACCACACUCUUACUUCUAUUCCUGGGGGAAUGGCUGUGAUAUACGGAGGACGAUCCUCUCCCCUCACCCCGAUCGGAGGCCUUCUGAAAGUCACCCUCCAUCUUGAAGGUUCACCUGGUCCUGAGGAGGUUGUUGAACUUCAUGAGGAGCAGAUGAUGUGUACAGGUGCUCAUCCACCACUUCGAUGGAGACACUCCGCCACUUUGGUCUCACGUCAAGGCAAAGACUUCUUGUUUGUCUUUGGUGGGAAAAAUGAGUCUGAAGCAGUUUUAGGUGAUGGCUACUUCCUGGACCUCGAUCAGCAGCACUGGACUGAGGUGGCAGUAGAGGGUGCUGCACCAGAGGCCCGCCAUUCCCAUUCAGCAUGUUCCUACCAGGGAGGGCUGGUGCUCUUCGGAGGGCACGGAAGAAGGGGGGAGCCGCUGGGGGACAUUGUGGUGAUGAAGCCAAAUGAGAGAGGCUUCUGCUGGGAGAGGAUAGACGUGCAACUCCCACCUUGUCCCAGGGUCCCGUGGGCGUCCUGGAGCCUAUCCCAGCUUACUCUGAGCGAGAGGCGGGGUACACCCUGAACUGGUCACCAGGACACAUAGAAACGCAGGACACAUCGAAACAAACAACCAUUCGCACUCACAUUGACACAAUGAUUAGCAAAUCCUUUUGAACCACCACUUUGUGAACAACUGCAUGACCAAAUAGACCAUCAGUUUAAGAAAAAUGGUUCUCCACGUACAAUUGCAAGGAAUUUAGGGAUUUUAUCAACCACAGUCUCAAAUAUCAUCAAGAAAUUCUGAGGAUGUAAGCGGCAAGGCCGAAAACCAACAUCGAAUGCCUCUGACCUUUGAUCCCUGAGGCGACGCUGCAUUAAAAACCGGCAUUAUUGUGAAAAGGAUAUUGCCAUUUGGGCUCAGGAAUACAUUGUCAUAUUCAAUUGCAUAUAGAUUGAAAAGGAUUUGCAAAUUAUUGUAUUCCAUUUUUAUUGAGGUUUUACACAUUGUCCCACCUUCAUUGACAUUGUGAUAUAUGUUUAAAAUUCUUUAAAAAGGCUUGACGUUCAAUAUUUUUAAGGUUUACGUCCGUUUGUAUAGUACUUCACAAGAACUGAGCAUUAGGGCUACCAUGAAAGGAAUCAUUGUUGACAUGAUGACAGUGUCAUAGAACUGUGAAAAUAAAGCCAUAAGAUUUCAUUUUAUGAGGAAAAAAAAGUGGUAAUUUCUCAAAAAUAUAAAUAAAUACAUUUUGAUUGGUAUGAAGGCGGCACAGUGACCAACUGGUUAGGACAUCUGGCUCACAGUUCUGGACUUCUGCCUGUGUGGAGUUUGCAUGUUAUCCCUAGUGAGGAUAAGCAGUACAGAAAAUGGAUGGAUGGAUGGAUUGGUAUGAGAGAGUAAUACUGUUAUGAAAAAAACUUGAAGAAAGUUGCAAUAUCACAAGAAACAUAACAUUCAUGAGAAUACGUUUGUGAAUAAAGUUUUGGAGCAAAAGUAAAAAUUUUACAUGAAUAACAUUUCAAUUUUUGAGAAUAAAGCAGGGUAAGGUUUUAAGUAAGGGUUAGGGUUUUAAAUUAAGGUUUGACGCCUCAAGUCAGAUUUACUUUCAGAGUUUCAAAUUAGAGUUUCAAGCCAGUGGUAGGGUUUCAAACUACAGUUUGAUGUCACGUUUUCAAGUCAAAGUUAGGAUUUCAGUUUAAGGUCAACGUUUCAAAUUAGGAUUUUUAAAACAGGGUUAGGAUUUUGAGAUUGGCAAAGGGUUUGAAGACAGGGUUUCACAUUAGGGCAUCAAGUAAGAGUUUCAAGCUUGGGUUAGGGUUUCAGGUUUCAAACAAGAGGGGAGAUCUUUGAAGUUUGGGUCUCAGGCAAGGGUUAGGGUUUGAGUUUGGUUUCGGGUUUGAGGAAUGUAUGGAUGAA